AUGGAAAACAGAUUCGUCGACACAAGUGAUACUCUAUAUGGAGAUGAAAGUACCAGUCCGAUCUACGGUUAUCAAGACCAAGUUAUCACUACAUUGGAAGAAGCUAUUCAAGGCAUCAGACAUGAAAUCCUUCGAAUCGAUGAUUACGUAACGCAAGCAAAGCAAAAAUACAAGAGACCAUGUCUAUUAACAGAGGAUGAGUUUGCAACCAUCUAUCUUUAUACAAUGACCGGCUCAGGUUUUUCCUCAAGGCUAAACGGCCGUCUUCGAGCCAUGGACAAAGAUCCGUUAAAACCAUGGUUUCCAUACCUAAAGUUCUUCAUCACGGCUCUCAAUAAGUUACCUUCGUUCAAAGGUAUUGUGUGGCGUGGUGUAUCGAAAAAAGAAGAUUACAGUCUUGGCGAUAUUGCCUGCCAAACUCGGUGGGAUAUAACUUCUACUACGAAGGAUCUCAAGGUUAGCGAACUAUUUUUCGGUGAAGCUGGCAUUUUAUAUGUUAUCAAAGCCGUAAAUGGCAAAGAUAUUUCAAAAUAUUCAGCCAAUCCUGAUGAAAAAGAGGUGAUUCUCAUGCCAGGUACACGAAUACUGCUCGAAACUGAACCAUUUGUAAUCAACAACGAAUCAUUCAUAUACUCGUUCGAAGAAUGUACGAGUAUUCCACAAGGCAAACAUGUUAUGUUGUCUUACGAGAACAAUGACAAAGCUGUUGUUUUGCAAAUAUAUCAAUAUCUGCUUAAUAGGUCGAUACCAGUUCGGUUCGACGAAAAUAGAUCGAAUAAUAAUAUUUAUGACAGCCUUGCAAUUGGAGUAGAAAAUGCAGCAUUCGUCGUAUGUUUUCUCAGUCCGGAAUACGAAAGCUCAGCGCGCUCUCAAAUAGAACUCCAAUAUGCUCAAAAGCGUUAUAAGAAGAUCGUUCCCUGUCUAACUAAAACGGAAGAAACUUGGAGAUCGAUCGGCUGGUUGGGUCCUAUUCUGGAGGGAGUGAAACAAGAAGAUUUUCGGCAUUUCUCCCCGUCGAAUGAAAUUGACUCUGAAAUGGAUUAUUUAUUGUGGACACUUCGAAAGAUGGUGUAUGUACCGGAAGAAAAUUCAGAACGACUCAACAUUCGAUUCGAACUGAUCAAAUAUGAAUAUUUAUGCAACAGUAAAAUAGAACGGUUCAUGAAUCCAGCAGUAACUUUUCCAAUCGACCAGAGUUAUAUCAACUUGGCCAUCGUAGAAACCAAAGAAACUCGAGAGAAAGAGGAGAAACUUAAAGAAACUCAAAACAUUGGAACAAUUAUUGGCACGUACGAAGAUAUAUAUGGCAGUAAGACUCCAAUUAAGGUUAAAGAUAUUUUCGAAAAAUGCAAAGAUCAGAACCAACGCAUAUUAGUUUUUGGUCGCGCUGGUAUUGGAAAGUCAACAUUUUGUCGAUAUACUGCCUAUCAAUGGGCAACCGGUACAAUUUGGCCAGAAUAUGAACUGGUUGUGCUCGUUCCUUUACGAUCUCUAACAGGACCAAAGUAUAACGCUAACAAAGAGUAUCAUCUCGUGGACAUCUUGAUAAAUCAAUAUUUUUUCGAUCGAUCUCUAUCAGUUGAGGAGAAGAAUACGUUAGAAAAUAAGAUUCACACAGGCCGAAUCCUGUGGCUACUCGAUGGUUAUGAUGAAAUAGUACAGGAAACAUCUUCACACCUGCAAAACUUACUCGAACGGCUGCUCAGAACCCCACAUCAUAUCGUCACAUCUCGUCCAUAUAUGAAUACUUUAUCGUACUUCGUACACAUGGAAAUCACAGGUUUCACAGAAGAAAACAUAAAUACCUAUAUCAAGUUGUUCUUCAAUCAGUUAGGAAACUCAUCACACCAAGGUAACGACUUACUAAACUUUCUGAGAUCGAAACCCAGGAUUUGGGGUAUUGCACAUAUUCCCAUCAAUCUCGAGCUCAUUUGUAGCACUUGGAGCAAUAUUGAUUGGACACAAACAAAAACAGUAACGAUUACAAUACUAUAUGAUAGAUUGACCGAAUGGAUCUGCCGUCGAUACCUCGAGAAACAAAAAAAGAUGUCACCAAUCGAAACUAAUCGAAUGAAUAAAACCGAUGUUUAUGACGAAUGUCGUAAGGAGUUGGCGUUCUUGGAGAACCUCGCCUUCCUAGGAAUGAAAAACAAUGUCAUUCUUCUAUGUCCACAAUUACUAAAAGAGACCCAAAAAGAGAGCAGAUGCAAGUUAAAAGACUGUCCGGACUUAUUCAAUGUAGGGUUACUAAAAUCAUACGACUCGAACUCAGGUGGCAUUGGAACACGAAUCGAAGCAGAUAAGCAGUAUUACUUCGUUCAUCUCAGUUUUCAAGAACACUUUGCUGCACGUUACUUAGCCAACGCGCUUUCCAACAAUACACGCGACCAAGCCAUGCAAUUCAUUCGCGAAUACAAAUAUAAUAGGAGAUACCAAUUACUCUUUACAUUUUUAUCCGGUUUAUUAAACGAGGAGCAAGAAACUAAAUGCAAUCGAGCAUUUUGGGAUGCUCUACUCAAUGAACCUUUGGACAUGUUCGGCGCACGACACAUGGCGCUCGUAAUUCAGUGUCUAGAUGAAACAGGACUACCUCAAACAUUCACUGAGUCCCAACAAUUGCUCGAGAAGAUCACACAAUGGUUAGAAUACGCUUUAAGCAGAGAAUCGCGCCAUUUAUCCGAACUGUUCCAACAGACACUUCGCACAUGCAGCGCAAUUUGCAAUGAACCACGAGUACAACAGACAAUAGUCCGACUAUUAAACAAUAGACUACUCACCAAUCGAGACAUGGUAUUCUCCUUUAUAUCAAAUAUUCCACUUACCAAACCAAUCGAACCGCUACUACUAGCAAUACGCGAGGGACUUCGUAGCAACCAUAAUUCCCUGAAAAGAAAAGCAUGCAACGCACUUGGUCAUAUCGGUGAAAAAGCAGCCACGAAGGAAGUGAUCGAUGGACUUGUCGAGGCACUCAAGAGCGACGAUUUUCGGUUGCGAAGUAGUGCAUGUUACGCACUUGGUCGUAUGGGUGAAAAAGCAGCCACGAAGGAAGUGAUCGAUGGACUUCUCGAAGCACUGAAGAGCAACGAUGAUUCCAUGAGGUACAUGGCAUGUGACGCACUUGGUCGUAUGGGUGAAAAAGCAGCCACGAAGGAAGUGAUAGAUGGACUUGUCGAGGCACUCACGAGCGACGAUAAUGAGCUGAGAAGUAAUGCAUGUGACGCACUUGGUUGUAUCGGUGAAAAAGCAGCCACGAAGGAAGUGAUAGAUGGACUUGUCGAGGCACUCACGAGCGACGAUAAUGAGCUGAGAAGUAAUGCAUGUGACGCACUUGGUUGUAUCGGUGAAAAAGCAGCCACGAAGGAAGUGAUAGAUGGACUUGUCGAGGCACUCAGGAGCGACGAUAAUGAGCUGAGAAGUAAUGCAUGUUUCGCACUUGGUCGUAUCGGUGAAAAAGCAGGGACCAAAGAAGUGAUAGAUGGACUUGUCGAGGCAUUCACGAGCGACGAUAAUGAGCUGAGAAGUAAUGCACGUGACGCACUUGGUUGUAUCGGUGAAAAAGCAGCCACGAAGGAAGUGAUAGAUGGACUUGUCGAGGCACUCAGGAGCGACGAUAAUGAGCUGAGAAGUAAUGCAUGUGACGCACUUGGUUGUAUCGGUGAAAAAGCAGCCACGAAGGAAGUGAUAGAUGGACUUGUCGAGACACUCAGGAGCGACGAUAAUGAGCUGAGAAGUAAUGCAUGUGACGCACUUGGUUGUAUGGGUGAGAAAGCAGCUACGAAGGAAGUCAUCGAUUGUAUUCUCGAAGCGCUGAGGAGCGACGAUGAUUUCGUGAGAAGAAGAGCAUGUGCCGCACUUGUUGUUAUGGGUGAAAAAUCGGCCACGAAGGAAGUAAUCAUUGGUUUGGACGGUGCGUUGGAAUGUGAGUGGAGUAAAAAGCAGCAGUCAUUGAGUGCUUAUACAUUGAUUAUGGGCGAGCGAGUAAGAGACUAUCUCAUUGUAAUAUCUGCGUUAGGAGUGUUUUGGGAUCCAGAGUUCCAAACUGGAGACGCGGGAGAGAUCGCUAUGGAUUGUGUUCAGCGGCGAUUGAUAUCCCCUGUUAGGCUUGUCAAAGUUUGUAUUGAGAGAGGGGAGCAGAUGUUUUUGCGUGGUGCUAUCGAUGCAUGUUUUAUCACUGAAACUGCGGUCGCUAUUCAUGGCAGUUGCUUGUGUAUUUAUGAUAGGGAAGGCGUGAGAAAAGUAUCUAUUCCGCCGGGUAGUGAGAGUUUAGUGGAUGAACUUCGAAAGGGUGCGUGCCGAGCGAUCGGCCAGCUUGAUUUGAAGAUUCACAUAGAUUGGAGUAGAGCGGUAAAGGGAAAGCUGAGUGAUAAUACGAUGGCGUUUGAAAGCGGUCGAAAAUCAAAAGGUUGUAAGUGUAGCUAA